AUGAACCGACUUGGCUUUGGUGAUUUUCAUGCUGCCCACUUUAGCCCACAGCAAGUUGAACAGUGGAAACACCUCUUACAAAGAAACCUUUAUCCAUCAUGGCAGCCAUAUCAGGAGCAGCAGCAACAACAACAAUACCAGCAAGAGCCAACCAUGAAUGACGCAAUGGAGGAAGAGGUGGAUCAACAACAAGACAUUCAAGACGAUCAAGAUCAGCACCAUGGGCUAUCCAAGGAAGCUAUUGAAAUAUUUCGAUUCUCUGAAGCAUAUCGUAAAGAACGCGAAGCAGCUGAGCGAGAACAAGGUGGGGAUGAGGAUGAGGAUGAGGAUCAAGGUACCUUUGACGAUGAACCCUAUAUCUGCAAUGGACUACACAAGGGUGGUAUUGAGACACCAGCAAAUCGAUUGAUCCAUAUUGAUACGGAGGCCGAGUACAGUGAACAAGUAGUGAUACAAGAGCGCUUUCUAGAUGCAGAGUAUAUCAAAGCAUGUCAAACUAAAGAUAGCCCUGUUGUAUUAUGGCCAGUAGUGCCUUUACGAUGA